GAGCAGGGUGGCAAAGCGCUCCGGCAGCCAGUGUUGAGUGAGACGUUGAGGAAGGUGUUCUAUACCGUCCCUCGUGGUGGCUGCAGCGCCACUCCACUGCCAAGAGACUCAUUUAUGAGGAUACUUAACCUGUGAGGCGACCCGCUAGUGGUGCAAGGCUGCCGGGGCCUUGUAUGUGUCGUUUUGUGCAAUUCGGGUGUUUUCAGUUAGUGUAAGCGGGUGUGUCUCUGACCCGCAGCUCAGCGCCGCAGCGAACGCCCACGCGCCCGCCUCCAGCACACCCGCUCCUCAGAGACCUUACAACGUUUGAGGCUUAAAGACACCAAGAGUAAGCCCCAAGAUGAGUGACGGGGCAGUGAAGCAGGAGCCGGCAGCAGCUCACGGCAUGAACGGCACAGCAACACAGGAGGAGGAGGUGCGGCUCAUGACCGAGGAGGAGCUCGAACGCGAGAAGAUGAGACCUCCGGAUAUCGACCAGGACAUGAAGGAAAUGGAGCGCCGGAAACGAGUGGAAGCGAUCAUGAACUCAACGAUAUUCCGUGAGGAGCUCGAAAAGAUCGUGGAGACGCAGAUCUCAGAGGGUUACUCGGGUGUGCAGGCCAUCCAGAACAUCUCUGAGAUGAUGGGCUUCCCCACCUCCCGCAUCGGUGUCUUCAAAGGUAGCAAUUGUGUUAUUCCUAUCAACGACAUUCGUGGGAUGGAGAGCCUGAGCUUUGCUAAGGGAGAGAAGCUGUUGCGUUGCAAGCUGGCUGCUGUUUACAGACUUAUUGACAUGCACGGCUGGACACAGAGCAUUUAUAACCAUUGCACUGCCCGACUAAGCCAGGACACGGAACACUUCUUACUGAACCCCUUUGGCAUGCUUUAUCAUGAGGUGACAGCAGCCUCUCUGGUGAAGGUGGACAUGCAGGGCAAUGUGGUGGACGGCGGUGCAACCAACUUUGGUGUCAAUGUUGCAGGCUUCAUGUUGCAUUCGGCCAUCCAUGCUGCCAGGCCAGAUUUAAAGUGUGUCAUUCAUUUACAUCACCCAGCUGUCGUUGCGGUCUCAGCCCUGAAGCAAGGCCUGAUGCCUCUGUCACAGGAGGCACUGCUGAUUGGCGAAGUGUCCUAUCACGACUACCAAGGCAUCUUUGUCAAUGCUGAAGAGAAAGAAAAGCUUGCACGGAACCUUGGACCGGUUAACAAGAUUCUGUUGCUCCGCAAUCAUGGUGUUGUGUGCUGUGGAGAGACAGUUGAGGAAGCUUGGUAUAAUACAUACCAUACAGUCCUUGCCUGUGAGACACAGAUGCGCAUGGCACCUCUGGGUCUUGACAACCUUGUAGUUGUGACUGAUGAAGCACGGCAGGCAGCUUAUGAAGUAGCUCGGCGAGGAGGAGGAGGGGUUGAUAGCAAGCAGGAAGGGGGCCCAGCUGCUCAAGGUCAGAAGGAGCGCAAAUGGAAAGUUGGCGAACUGGAGUUUGAAGCUCUUAUGAGAUCUCUGGAUAAUGCAGGUCUUAGAACAGGGUACAUCUACCGAAGACCAUUGGUAAAGCAGGAAACAGCAAGAGUGCAAAGCGAUGUGGCGCUCCCCCCCACAGCCUCCAACUACACACACCUCUUUGAUGAGGACGAUAUUACACGGAGUCCACUGAAGCGCAUCCUGGACGGACGCAAGACUCAGGACAAGACCCGGUGGCUAAACUCUCCCAAUGUCUACCAGAAGGUGGAAGUACUGGAGACCGGCACUCCGGAUCCCAAGAAGAUCACCAAGUGGGUGGCAGAUGGGUCCCCCACACACUCUACUUCGACUCCUGUCAAAGUGGAAUCUGCGCUCCAGUUUGUUCCAACCAAUACAAACCCUAAGGAGUUCAAGACGAUCCAGAAGAUGAUCAAAGAGAACCGUCGUGUGGGCAGCAUCACAUCUGGGCCAACUUCCCACCUACUGGAAGGUGUGACCUGGGAUGAGGCUCGUCGUAUGCAAGAUGCCAGCAUGUCAGCUGCCUCUGACCAUGUCAUCCUGGUUGGAGCUGCUUCCAAGGGAAUCAUCCAGCGGGACUUCCAGCACAAUGCUGUCGUGUACAAAACACCAUAUGCAAAAAAUCCAUUCGAUAGUGUGACUGAUAAGGAGCUUGAUGAAUAUCGUGAGCUUGUGGAACGCAAGCAGCGAGGAGAGCCAAUUGAAGAGAUUGAGAUCGAGAAGAUGAACAUCAUGCCAGAGCGAGCAACUGUAGAUGUAGUGGAUGACUCUGUGCAGGACUCCAUCCUGAACACAACAGCUCCCACCAGUCCUACCUCGGACCAGGAAGAUGGCUCCCCCAUAGCAGAUCCGCAGCUCCCUCCAGUCGCAGGGGGUGACGUCUGGGGCCAGGGGGAGGUGACACCCCCUCCCUCUGGUCCUGCCACCUUGUCCCGCUCCCCCACUGUCCAGGCGGGUGAGGGUCAGCUGACCCCCCGCACCAACUCCCUCACCCGUGGGAUUCAGAAGAUGCUGAAGGCAGCAUCACGGUCCAAGGAAGAUGGCAUGAGGGCACGGGAACCGAGCCCCACUCUGGAGCGUUCCAAGUCUGCAUUCUAUAAGAGUGAAGUGGCGAAUGAGAAGCGCUCAGCACUCCAGCGCCGUUCUUGGUCUCUGUCUCGUAAAGGGGAGACAGUAGCCAAUGGUGAUGAUACAGAGGCACACCACAGCACUCUCUCGCAAAGCAGUAAAGAGGGCUCUCCAACCAAGGACACCUCCCUAACAGAUGACUCAAUCUCCAAGGACAAGAAGAAGAAGAAGAAGGGCCUGCGUACCCCAAGCUUCCUGAAGAAGAAGAAGGACAAGAAGAAGGAGAAGGAGGCUGCCCACCACUAGUGCCCCAAGUCCCCAUUUCCUUCAUAGACUCCCGUCUCUGGUAGACCAAUGCUGACACUGCCAGAAUCUGUAGAUAGCAAAGAGGAAUAUAUUGUGGGAGCCCCUUCAUGGUGCUGGCGAGAGGCGUGCUGCUGACAUUGUUCAUCGGAUCCAAGACUUGUCAACCUAAAUUCCCUGUCAGCCUAUUUCUAUGUUCUCCCUUUCUUUUCAUUCAGUUUUACAGAUAAGGCAGUGUUAGUGAUGAAAGCUAUACUUUAUUGUGUAAUUUUUAGUGGUACUAUUUGUAGUAUGUAGAUUUUCACCAAAACAGUUUUAGGUUUCAAGAUGAAGCUAAAAAAAUUAAUAGCUUUGUGAUGAUGAAAAUUUGAAUAUUUUAUUGAUAUCUGUUAGGCUCUCUAUAUGAUUUGGAUCCUUUUGUUAAUCCCAGGUUAUUGUAGCUGGUCAACUUCAGCUUUCAUUAGAGUGCCUCAAGUCAAGUUUUAGAUGCUGAUGAACACCUUCAUGUCAAUGCUUGAUGCGAGUGAUAGUGUGUAUGGAUGUGUGAAACUUGCUAUCAUGCAGAAGUUAAAAUGCAGACAAACAGUACACCAGUGAUGUAUGUAAUGUCUUGGUUGUUUCAUAACGAUACCCACCUGCUCUAAAAGGCACAAGUCCCCAGGUCAGCUUGUGCCAACUCAUACAGAAUUUAGUAAUGUACAAUCAUAAGUGAUUUUACAGUCUUGGCACACCCUGACUUGCAGACUAAGAAGGGUUAUUUAACUAUGAUUCAUUUUAUUUCUUCAUGUGGAUGAAUGAGUGCAACACCAGCCCAUUCUCCUUUUACUAUCGUCCUUCCACGGAUAGUUGUCGGAUCAGCGGUCUCUCAUCUCACCCCACCAAGUCUCACCAUUUGCACCAAAUGGUUCACAAGAUGAAAGAGAGACUAGUAGAUGGCUCUUUUGAUCUUCCCAACCCUAAUUUUGUUCCAUUUUAGACCUCACAUAAGGAGGUUACAUGGAAGUGAAAAACCUUCUGCUUUUUUUUUUUUUUUUUACGAGUCUGACCUCAACUAUUAGGAAUGGAAGGACCACAGUAUCUGCUGGGAUGCUUGUCAGUUUCUGUCCCUCAUCAGUAUCAGAAGACUUGCUCUCCUGGUCUGUGGCAUCUUCAUUCUUCCUGUUAAACCUUGAACUUGUGUCCAGAAAAGAAAUUAUUUGUUGAUACCGAUAGCUGUGACUGGUCAAUUGCUUGGGUCACCAUUUGCGUCAUCCAGCUGAUUUGCCUGUGUCAUGUCUUUAUUUUAUGUAAUACGCCUUGAGCACCUAUGCUCAGAAGACAUUCAAUGGCUGUAAAAUUGUAGGGAAGCGACUUUGUCACUGACAUGAAAUUUGACAUUCAGCUGGAGAUGCUGGUGGUUGUUGUAGGACCACUUUUAUCUUCUCCUGCUGCUAGAAGGUGGAUUGUUUUAUUAGCUACACAUUCAUUUUUUAAUCACAGCUUAGCACUGUUUUAUAUACAUCUGUAUUAUAGCAACUGAAUAAAUCAUUAUUAUAAUUAUUAUUAUAUGAAUAUGCAGGCAGCUGAUUUUAGCUUGUUUUGGAAAGAAAAUAAAAUGUCCCAACUCCACAAAGUCUUAUGUCUUCAUUCUUUCAUUCCAUAACCUUGUGUUUGUAUGUAUUUAUUUCUAUUUAGGAAUAGUUUGUUAUUUUGGGAGGCUCUUUACUAAUAAUCAUGUUUUUAAUGAGGUUGUAAAUUGUACACCAGCCAUGAUAGCCAUUAAAAGAAGUGAAACUACCGAUUGUUCUUUCCGGAAACUAGUGCUGCUGUAUUGAAUAAAAAAUUCAGGAUCUCCAUAAUA